AUGACCAUGAACACCCUCGGCCUCGGCCUCGGCGCCCGCCCCGUCGCGCGCUCCCGCGUCGUCGGUACCAAGUCCGCCAAGGCGAUCGUCGGUACCCCGGUCGUGGGCAAGCCCGUGCAGCUCGCGACCCGCCGCGCCGCGGUGACCGUCAGGGCCGGCGGCAACCCCGAGCCCAUCGUCCAGGCUCCCUUCGUGGGCAUCAAGGAAGACCUCGCCGCCCGCGGUCCCCUCUACAUCGACGACUUCAAGCAGGGCAUCUCCCCCAAGUCCCUGGCGUCCGUCUUCUUCCUCUUCUUCGCGGCCCUCGCGCCCGCCGUCGCCUUCGGCGCCGUGCUCACCUCCGCCACCGCCGGCAUGCUCGGCGCGACCGAGGUGAUCCUCGCGACCGCCAUCGGUGGUGUCCUGUACGCGGUGCUGUGCGGUCAGCCCAUGUCCAUCCUCGCGUCCACCGGUUCCGUCGUGACCUACACCGCGAUCCUCUACACCACCUGCGCCCAGUACGGCCUCCCCUUCUUCGGUACCUACGCGUGGAUCGGUAUCUGGACCUCCAUCCUCCUCAUGAUCGUCGCGGUCACCUCCUCCUCCAACCUCGUCCGCUUCUUCACCAAGUUCACCGACGAGACCUUCGCUGCCCUCGUCGCGUGCAUCUUCUGCGUCGAGUCCGCCAAGAAGAUCAUCAUGAUGUUCUUCAACCCUUCCAUCUCCUCCACCCUGGCCAUGGGCUCUGCGCUCACCGCGCUCGUCACCUGCGGCUCCGCCAUCGCCAUCUCCAACUUCAAGCGUUCCCCCUACGGCCCCGAGGGCGUCCGCAACCUCAUCGGUGACUUCGCGCCCACCUUCGCCAUCGCCAUCGGCUGCUUCUUCGGCGCGUGGCUCGCGGGCAACUACGGCUUCACCUUCGACGCCCUGUCCCUCCCCGCCUCCCUCGCGCCUUCCAUCGCGCGCCCCUGGGUGACCGACAUCAUGGCUGUGCCCAACUGGGUGAAGCUCGCGGCUCUCGCGCCUGCCCCCGCGUGCGCGAUCCUCCUGUACAUGGACCAGAACAUCACCACCCGUCUCGUGAACGCCUCCAAGGGUCUCAAGAAGCCCGGCGCUUACCACCUCGACAUGUUCUGGCUCUCCCUCAUCACCGCGGUCACCUCCAUCUGCGGUCUCCCCUGGAUCUGUGCGUCCACCGUGCACUCCCUCACCCACGUCAAGUCCCUCACUGACGUGAAGCAGGACCCCGCGACCGGCCGCGAGGAGGUCACCGGCGUCACCGAGACCCGCUGGACUCCCCUCGUCCUCAACCUCCUCAUCGGCGCCUCCAUCAUCUUCCUCAAGGACAUUCUCGGCCAGAUCCCCAUGUGCGUGCUCUCCGGUAUCUUCUUCUACCUCGGACUCGCGGCCAUGCGCGGCAACGAGUUCCUUGAGCGCGUCGGCAUGACCCUCAUCACCGACCCCGCCAAGAUGCCCGCCUCCUCCCCCCUCACCAAGUCGGUGUCCCUCCCCACCCUCAAGAAGUUCACCAUCAUGCAGAUUGCCUGCCUCGCGGUGAUGUGGUGGAUCAAGGGAUCCCCCGCGGCGAUGCUCUUCCCCAUCCUUAUCGCGGCUCUCGGCCCCGUCCGCAUCGUGGCGGGCAAGGCUGGCUGGUUCACCCAGGAGGAGCUCAACGCCCUCGACGAGCAGGUGGAGACCGACCCCGGCUACGUCUACCAGGCGGCUUAAAUGUAUCACGAUACAAGUUCUCGCCACUCUCGGGUUUUGGGAAGGGAUUGAAGUUGACGUAUACCAUCAGUCUGUGUGCGGCGCUUUAGCCUAGCAAGUCACUUCAAUACACUCAUAUUAUGAUCA